AUGCCUGAUGCGGGCAGUAUUCAGUCACGACACACGCUCAUGUCGCAUCAAACCGAAAUUGCACCCCUUGAUGAAGCUGACAAAACGCAUUCUAUGUUUGAGUGCAGUGAGCUCCUUCACGGGUUACUCCCAGACAUCCAGCAGACUAACCUUCCUUCUUACAACACCACUGAGCCAGCUGAAGACAAGAUUAGGCUUGAUGUAGUCGCGUUCACUCCAGAGGACACAGCCACAGAAGUGCAACCAAAGAAGCCUCCGAGAAGAGAACAAUAA